GGGCGGUGCUGAGGCGGUGCUGAGGCGGUGCUGGGCCGGCGGGGCCCGCGUCGCGCUCGCCAUGGGGCUGCUGUCGGAACUGGCCCGCGGGCUGGUGAGGGGAGCCGAUCGGCUCUCCCCCUUCACCAGCAAGCGCGGCCCCCGCAGCUACAACAAGGGCCGAGGCGCCAAGAAGCUGGGCGUGCUCACCUCCAACAAGAAGUUCAUUCUCCUCCGCGAGAUGGUGCCCUGCUUCGUGGUCCCCGACCUGCGCGACUUCAAGCUCAAACCCUACGUGUCCUACCGCGCCCCCGAGGGCUCCGAGCCGCCCCCCACGGCCAAGGCGCUCUUCGACCAGCUGGUGGCCCCCCGCAUCCAGAAAGAUGUGAAGGAAGGGGUGUAUGACCCCAACAACCUGGAGAAGUACGGCUUCGAGCCCACGCAGGAGGGCAAGCUCUUCCAGCUCUUCCCCAAGAACUACGUGCGGUAGGGAGCGAGCAGCGAGGAUCCUGGGUGCAGGUUGGGUGAUGCGCAACAGCAAUGCUCUUCCAGGUCUUUCCCAAGAACUACGUGCGGUUGGGAGCAAGCAGUGAAGAUCCUGAGUGCAGGUUGGGUCAUACACACAGCAGUGCUCUUCCCCAAGAACUACAUGCAGCAGGGAACAAGCAGCAAGUAUCCUGGGUGCAGGUCAGGUUGUGCACAAUGGCAAUGGUCUUCCAGGUAUAGUGCAAGCAAGCUCUUCCCCAAGAACUACAUGCGGUACAGAGCAAGCAGUGAAGAUCCUGAGUGUAGGUUGUGUCGCACACAGUGGCAAUGCUUCUCCAAGCACACUGCAAGCAAGAUCUUCCAGGUAUUUGCCAAGAACUACGUGUGGUAGGGAGCAAGUAGUAAGGAUCUUCGGUGCAGGUCAGGUCAUGCACAACACCAAUGCUCUUCCAAGGACACUGCAAGCAAGAUCUUCCAGCUCUUCUCCAAGAACUACGUGCAGUAGAGAGCAAGCAGUGAAGAUCCUGGGUGCAGGUCAGGUUGCACACAACGACAAUGCUCUACCAAGCACACUGCAAGCAAGAUCUUCCAGCUCUUCCCCAACAAUGACAUGCAGUAAGAAGCAAGCAGUGAAGAUCCUGGGUGCAGGUUGGGUCACAAACAACCUGCACCAGAAGGCGUACUUGGAAGAGCAUCGCCAUUUUGCAUGACCCAACCUGCACCAGAAGGCACUUGGAAGAGCAUUGCCAUUUUACCCAACCCAACCUUCACCAGAAGGUGCACUAAGAAGAGCGUCGCUGUUGUGCAAGACUCAGCCUGCACCGGCAACUAUGGAAAAGCUUCUAUCACAGGCUGUUAGAAGCAAAUCCUUCCAUUUGGUUUCCCAGGCAUAUCAUGUUGUGUAAGCAUGCCGGUGUCCUGCUUUCAGACCAGGGUAAUUAGCAGGAGAUGGUUUCUCUCCAAACCAUUCUGGGAAGGGAUUGCUAUCUUCUGUGAACAAGAGGAUGAGCCUUGGCUCCUUGUGAAGUCUAGAGUUACCUGCUGAAACGUCAUUCUGGGAAGGAAUUGCUGUCUACUGGGAACAGAAGAUGACUCUUAGCUCCUUGGGAAGCCUGGAGCUGCCUGGUUGUGGAGAGCAAGCCAAAUGUCAGAGCACUUCCACCAACUGCAGGCAAAGAGGGAACGUUUUGAUGGAUUUAUUUACUCUGAUGCAUUUACCACCAGCCUCGAUGAACUGUUUCAUCAAACCAGGAAUGAGAGCUCCAACAGGCAAAGCCAAGCCCACACCCUGAACUACAAGAACUGCAGCUCCCACUGUCUCAGUUUUUCCCAGCUUUCCCAAGCCUUAAAGCUCCUCUUUCUCUUGGAGUAAAUUAAGAUACAGUUAAUUGGUGCAUUCAAUCUGUUCCUCAGCCAUGCAGCUGCUUGAGUUUGCAAAGGAAUUGUUUAAAUUCAAAAUAUAUCUCAAGAAUUGUUAUUUUUGGGCAUAUAUUCCAAGAGCCAUGUCUUGCUGUUCAUUAAAUUGAUACAAGUGCCAUUUACCUAGAUGGUUGUGUAUGACUUCGUUUAAACUGCUAAAUUCUAAAUGUCUUUGGAAAUAACGUGUUUUCUCUGACACAAGCGUGCUGGAGUCUUUGAGAAAAUGAUUCUUCACUACAGUUCUGUGUCUGGAGUUUCUGUCAGGGGGUUUGCAUUUGGUUUUCCAAACAUGAAGUACAACAAAGCUUAAACUUCUAGAGAAUUAA